UUCAAUAAAUUGUUUUGUUUCAAUUCAAUUGCAAUUAAAACUAAUCGUGAGGUUCGAAGAAGAAAAAGUUCGUGAUUGUCAUUUUACAAGUGCUAAUAAACCAACUAGACAGGUUUCGUCCUGUUGCCUAAUUGCAUCGACGAAGUUAAACGAUUGUGAAAAGUUUCAAUCUACUCAUUAAGAUGGAAUCAAAACAAAUUGAAUUCGAGUCUUUAUGUGGUGAUGAAAUAUUCUGGAAUUUUGAUUCAUUUUGGAACUCUAAAUCGCCCAAAUUGAGCAAAUGUUUUAUGCAAACUGUUCUCAUUUGGCCUGGUUCACUUUUCUUGUUUGUCUUUUCUUAUUUCGAAUACAAACGAACUCUUCAAACCAAGAAUAAAACGAUUUCAUACAAUAAACUUAAUCUGACUCGAUUAGUGUUAUCAACUUUUUGUAUUCUGAUAAAUGUAUUUCAUUUGGUACACAUCAUCCGCAAGCAAAGCUCCAACUCAUACUUACAACUCACCACUGCUGAAAUAGUUGCACCUUCAUUGAAUAUCAUAUCAUUUGUAUUGAUAAGUCUCUUCUUCUACUAUCACCGUAUUCGUGGUGUACAUUCAAGUGCCUUUAUUUGGAUAUACUUAUCAAUCCAAUCCAUUUGUUGCAGCAUAACAACAAUACAAUCUUGGAUAAAUUUUGAGAUCUAUUCUGGACUCGAGAUCGCUAUCAUUAAUGCACAAUGUGCUGCAAUAAUAUUGCUUCUCUUAUUGGCUUCAUUUGUUGAUUAUGAGCUCGAUACCAUUGCUACUGAGGGUUAUGAGAUGAAAGAGGAUGGUGAAUCGACUGUCGAAAGUAGCAUAAAGUACAAAAUAUCGUUCCCAAGUCGAUUGGUAUUCUGGUGGGCAAACAAGUUGAUAUUUUUGGGCUGGAAAAAGCCAUUGACUAUUAAAGAUUUGUGGCCAUUAAAAGAUUAUUUGAAAAGUGACUUUCUACUCGAAAAGCUGAAAUCCAAAGAUAAAUCAUUGAAACUUGAACAAAGUACCAAAAGCUCUAUUAAAACUAGCAAAGACUCGGCUGAUGCACAGAAAGUAAAUGUUGUAUUGCUUUUGUUCAAAACUUUCGGCCACUAUUUGCUGUUCGGAGCUUGCCUUAAACUUAUGCAAGACAUUCUAACCUUUCUAACUCCUGAAUUAUUAAAAGUUUUGCUCAACUUUAUUGAGAACCAAUCUUCGGAACCGAUUUGGCAUGGAUUUUUCAUCGCCAUUGUUCUGUUUUCUGUCACUUGUUGUCAAACUUUGUUUGGAAAUUAUUAUUUUUACAAAAUGUAUAUUCUCGGAAUGAGAGUACAAUCAGCACUUACUGCAGCUGUAUACAGCAAGUCCCUGACACUGAACGAUGAGGCAAGGAAAAGGUUCACGACUGGACAGAUAACUAAUUUAAUGUCAGUUGAUGUUGAAAGGAUAGAAACCAUUGCAUACUUUGCUAACAUAUUUUGGUCAGCACCUUUGCAAGUAAUCAUCGCUCUUUGGUUACUUUACCGUGAAUUGGGAUAUUCAUCGCUUUUUGGGGCCUUUGUUAUGCUCGUUAUGGGUCCAUUGGAUGGCAUUGUUGUUAAAUACAGUGAAAAGUUUCAAGAAAAGUUGAUGGAUCGAAAGGAUAAGAGGAUAAAGUUUAUUAGUGAAAUACUGAACGGAAUCAAGAUUAUCAAAUUUUAUGCUUGGGAAGAGUCUUUUAUUAAGCACAUCUCUUCAUUGCGUCGAGAAGAGUUGCGUAAACUGAAAAUGGUUUCCUAUCUGGAUUCAGUUUCAUCGUUUAUAUACUUCUGUUCACCAACCAUGGUUUCUGUGGCGACCUUUGCUGCUUUUAUUUUGGUACAAAAAGAAACUCUUACAGCUCAAAAAGCCUUUGUUUCGUUGACAUUGUUCAAUAUACUUCGACAACCUUUAACGAUGUUACCAGAGUUGAUUUCAGACUUAAUUAUGGCUCUGGUGUCAAUCAAGCGGCUCAACAAGUUUCUAAGUUCUGAGGAUCUUGACCAAUACGUAACCAGAAACAAUGAAGGGAAUGCAAUCACAAUAAAAGACGCUUCAUUUAGGUGGUUCAAAAAUGAGGCAGCCGAAGAAAAGACAGUAAAGAAAUCUCUCGCCAAGCAGCCUGAAAUUAAAGAAGCAGACAGAUCUCAGAAAAAGUCAAUUAAUGAUGAGCCAACUCUACAAAAUAUCAACAUUGAAGUUAAAAAAGACGCAUUUGUGGCAAUAAUCGGAUCAGUUGGUUCUGGUAAAAGUUCAUUGUUGAGUGCAAUUCUGGGUGAAAUGAAGAGAGUCAAGGGUUGUAUCAAUAUAAAUGGCAAACUAAGAGUCGCUUAUGUUUCUCAACAAGCCUGGAUACAAAAUGUGACUUUACGUGAAAACAUUCUGUUUGGUCAUAAAUUUGACAAAACUAAAUAUGACACGAUUGUUUCAGCUUGUGCUCUCGAUCAUGACAUUGCUUAUCUGCCUAAUGGCGAUGAGACUGAAAUCGGUGAAAAGGGUAUUAACCUUUCUGGUGGUCAAAAACAAAGAGUCAGUCUUGCUAGAGCUUGUUAUAGUGAUGCAGAUAUUUACCUUUUGGAUGAUCCAUUGAGUGCUGUUGAUGCUCAUGUUGCAAGUCACAUUUUUCAUCACGUUCUCAGUUCGGUUGGGAUUCUUGGUGGAAAGACUAGAGUUUUGGUUACGAAUAAACUAAAUAUUUUAUCAAAAGUUGACUUCAUUUAUGUUUUGUCUAACGGAGUCAUCAGUGAAACAGGAACUUACAAUGAACUGGUCAACUCAAAGGGUGAAUUUUCAAAGUUAAUUGAACAACAUGUCAGUAAGGUCGAAGAAACUGAUGUCGAAAUUAGUGACAAUGGGCUGACACAUGAUAAAGUAAAGCCGAAUGAACAAUCGAAACUACAAAAUGCCAAUAAUGGAAAAUUGAUUGAAUCAGAAACCUUGUCGACUGGUAAAGUUGCUUGGUCCAUUUACAUUCAAUACUUCAAAAUGUUUUCAAUUCCUUGGACUGUUAUUUUCAUCCUUGCUACGGCCAUUUCAGAGAUGUUGUCUGUUGGAGCAAAUGUUUGGUUAUCUAAAUGGUCGGCCGAUAGUUUGAUUAAAAAUGAUUCAACAGUCAGUGUCCCUUAUAGACUUGGGAUUUUCGCUGCUCUUGGUGUCAGUAGAGGUGUUGCGUCGUUGGUUGGUUCGUGGGCUUUGGUCAAUGGAAGUUUGAGAGUUUCAACAAUUUUUCAUCGAAAACUGUUGAUGCAAAUUUUUAGAGCUCCAAUCUCAUUUUUCGACAUUAAUCCAUCUGGUCGAAUCAUCAAUAGAUUUUCCAAAGAUCUAAACACGGUUGACACCACUUUGCGCUUUUUUUGGGGCUAUUGGAUCACUGGCCUCUUCGAAGUUGUCUCUGCUCUAGUUAUUAUAUCAAUUAACAUUCCUUUGCUGAUACCUGCAUUGUUACCCGUUGGUCUGCUGUACUGGUUCCUUCAACGGGUUUAUAUUUCCUCAUCUCGACAAUUAAAACGACUUGAAUCUGUAUCCAGAUCGCCAAUCUAUUCAUAUUUCAGUGAGACAUUAAAUGGACUCAGUACAAUUCGAGCCUUCAGUGAAACAAACCAAUUUAUGUCUAAAAUGUGCCAAAAAAUUGACAUGAAUCAAUCCUGUGCUUAUCCUAGUAUUGUUGCUAAUCGAUGGUUAAAUGUAAGGUUAGAGUUAAUGGGAUGCUUCAUUGUUUUACUGUCAUCUACUUUUGCUGUCAUUUCACGAACUUCUCUCGACCCAAGUGUUGUUGGAUUGAUCUUGUCAUAUGCAUUAACCAUUUCAAAGACACUAAGUUUUUUAGUACGAAACUCUUCAUAUCUCGAAACCAGUAUUAUUGCUGUUGAGCGAAUAAUCGAGUAUUGUCAAAUACCAAGUGAAGCUGAUUGGUAUAAGGCCAAGAUUUCCCCCAGAAAUAGUUGGCCAGAAAAAGGUUCGAUUGAAUUUCAUGAUUUUGAAACCCGUUAUCGCGUUGACACUGAAUUGAUAAUCAAAGGCAUUACAGCCAAGAUCGAGCCCAAAGAAAAGAUUGGAAUUGUUGGCAGAACUGGAGCUGGAAAAUCGACCAUCACUUUAUCACUAUUCCGACUUAUUGAGCCUUCAAAAGGAACCAUUUCUAUUGAUGGUUACAAUAUUUGUGAUUUACCUUUGCACACACUUCGAUCUCGAUUAGCAAUUAUACCUCAAGAUCCAGUGCUUUUUAGUGGCUCACUGAGAUUCAACCUCGAUCCUUUCCAAAAUUAUUCAGAUGAACAAAUAUGGGAUUCGCUUUCGCAGGUUACUCUCAAAGACUUUGUUCUCAAUACAAGUGAAGGUCUUGAAUAUAAUGUUACAGAAGAAGGGUCGAACUUGAGUGUCGGACAGAAGCAACUUCUAUGCUUAGCAAGAGCGCUGCUCAAAAAGCCCAAAAUUAUUUUCCUGGACGAGGCCACGUCUGCUAUUGAUUUGGAUACUGAUGCUUUUAUCCAAAAGACUAUUCGUGAUAAAUUCAAUCAAUGUACAAUUUUAACUAUCGCUCAUCGUUUACAAACAAUUCUCGAUUCAGACAGAGUUCUUGUAUUGGAUGAUGGAAAAAUCGCUGAAUUUGAUAAGCCAGAUGUUUUGUUAUCAAGAAAGGAUUCAUUGUUUUACUCUUUAGCAAAACAAGAUAAUUUAAUUCCUUAACUUUUCAA